GAAGAAUUUCGGUUUAUCCACUCAUAAUUCAGUUCUCUACCAUACCACACCUUACCCUCUUCUCCCACUCUUCCUUCACCAUUUCUCCAUUUCCUUGGGUUUCAUUUCAUCCAUAACCACACCUUCCCUUUUGCUUCUUUCACUCAUCUCUCACCCACCAAACCCAAUCAUUGUUCAUGGAAGCUGUUGAGGGAAGAUCUUCUUCUGGGUAUGGCAAACCUCCAUGGGUAUUUAGAGGCAGUGCCUGGUAUCAACUUCAUCUUGUGAAAGCAGAGAAAGCUCGAGCAUAUAUUCCCAGAGAAUUCAAAUUAGUUGAAGCCUUUGGAUACACUCUUGGUGGUUUCUUUCUAGCAAGUUAUGAGGACAGUCCAGUUGGUGUCUUUGAUGAGCUUGUUGUGAUUGCUGGACUUGUAUGGAACCGCCCAACAUCCUGCGCAUGGGCAACAAGGGUGUACGUGAACAAUGAUGACGCCUGUUGUCACGGAAGAAAGGAGGUGGGGCUUCCAAGCAAGAUGGCUAGGUUUUCCAAGACAAUCACAGCACUCUCAAGACAACCCAGUGGCAAAAAGAGUGAAUUUCUUAGUAGGAUUGGAAUUGGUGCCAAGUUCUUUAGUCCAAAGGAUCCCCUCAAUGUUGAAGUAACAAAAAUCAAAUGUGUUGAUGCAGAAGAAGCAUGCAAUAUUAAUAUCAGUCUUACCAGUCCUGUGCCUUCUUUGAGCUUUGGCCGCAGGUUAGGCCCAAGAAUCAGAAUGUCACUUCCAAGUUUUAGUGGAGCUACAGAGUAUAAUCCUAACCUCCUCAAGUACUCUUGCCAGAUUGAAUGCAGGGUGCAAGCAUUGAAACCGUUGAAGGUUUCAGAAUCAUUCACUUCAACAAAUGAUGGAGCUGAACAAAAUUUAGAAGAUCAUGGAAGAAGCAGUAGCCUUGUGGCUGAAAAUCAUAAAACUGAAGCACAGAAUUUCAGCACAUAUGUGAUGUUCUCAAAGCCUUUACUAGCACUAAAGUUUAGUCAAAUGAAGAUGCAGGUUGAAGCACCCAUUGUGCUUUCCCAGUGUUCAAAUUCUUUACAAACUACUGUCAGUUCUGUUCCAUAGAUGAUUCUAAAAGGGAGAUUGAAUAGAGCCUAGACUCUUUGUGCACUUAAAGAGAAAACACAUUAAGCAUGAAAGAGAAAAUUUAUACUUGUUUACUUACAUCUAGUUCUCCCUGGAGAACUAGAUGUAAGGAAGCCAUCUUCA